AUGUCGGAACCGAGCCGCAUAGAAAUGGUUGUUAUUCCAAGGGAGGAAGAGGUGUUCGAUCGGGAGGAAGUGCUGGGCAGAGACGCAAAAUCUGUCUUCCCCACAGAAUCCAAGACGCCAGCGAUCGAUACCGAGGCCGUGAAAGCAGCGUUGGGGUCCAAUCUAAGAUUCAUCACCGAAUCUGAGUUGGAAAAGAUCAAGGCCGAACGAGGAGCGCGGGUGGAGGAUGGAUCCCUGGAGCCCAGCAAGCCGCUGGUGGAGGUUCUCAGAGAGGCUGCAGAGGCCAAGGAGGCUGCUUUCCAGGCAGUCUGGAAGUCCAUGAAAGUCGGUAAGAUUUGCCCUGCUCAAGAAAGUAAAUAUCGACUACUGCUGUGUCACAAGGAGUUGUUCACAAUCCCAUGCUUCUAG